GAAAGCAGACUGAUAUCUGAUGAUCAGAUCACUGCAUCACAUUACAUAGAUUACUGGGAGCCAAAACUUGCCAGAUUGAACAAUGCAGGUUCAUACAAUGCUUGGAGUGUACACAUGAAUACAUCUUCAUUGCCAUGGAUACAGAUGGAUUUACAAAAAAUAUAUUUAAUCUCUGGAAUAAAAACUCAAGGUGCUAGUAGAUAUUUCAGCCAGUAUUACAUUACUGAGUUCUUUGUGGUGUACAGCAAAGACAAGAAAAAGUGGGCAGCUUUCAAAGGAAAUAGCUCUACAUUGCAUAAGAUUUUUAAAGGGAAUGCUGACUCCACAAGUAUAAAAGAAAAUCAGUUUGACCCUCCAAUUGCAGCACGAUACAUAAGAGUUUAUCCCACAAAGUACUACAAUAAACCAGCUCUUCGCAUGGAAUUGCUUGGGUGUGAAGUAAAUGGAUGUUCAGCUCCCUAGGCAUGGAGAAUUUAAGUAUCAAAGAUGAACAAAUAACAGCUUCCUCAUACAAAUCUUAUUGGUACUCAUCACCAUGGGUACCAUAUCUGGCACGCCUUAAUAAAGUUGGAUCUGUUAAUGCUUGGCAAGCAAAGGUAUGUUAAAAUUAUUAUUCAACCAAAUU